GUCUCCCACAUGCGUCAUGUGGUAUUAAAGAUUAGUCAAUUAAGAAAAUCAAGAUUUGAGAGCUUAAACCAAGAAAAUUAAUUUGUUCUGGCUAGGUUCAUAUUAGUAACACUUAACAUUAAUACCCUACCCUUGCCAUGACAGAUAGAUGCACAAAACCCUAGGAGAUGGCGUGGGCUGUUGAGGUGCAUUGGGCUAGGGUUGGGGACCCUUCUCGGCCUAACAAGAUCCUAUAUCCAUGUAAAUAAAUGUAGUCCCAUGAGGGGGAACUGAAAGCACAAUAUAUCUUUUUAUGCUUUUAAUCUAUGCAUGAAAACAAGAUUAAACUUUAGAAGACAUCAAAAUAGUAGAGAUUAAAAGCCUAAAAUUGGCAAAAUUGCCUUGUUAUACUUGGACACUAGUCUAGAUUGGGUCAAAAAGAGCCUCUAAAUUGCUUAACAGACCGGCACAUGGACACACUACUAAAAAAGCAACAAACAAGGUUUUUGUGAAGAUAGAUGCAUUUGCUUCCAAAGUUUAUAAUUAAAACUUUGUUUACAUAAAAUCUCCCAGUACCCCAAAAAGAAAUGUAUCUACAUUUCAUAUAUAAAUUGAAGAAAUGAAUAAAUAAAGAUUCUUCAUAUUAAAAAUCCCCUAUUAUCAAAAAACCUAUACACCUUAUUAUACACUAAGACAUGCAUGUCUCAAAGCUCAAAAACCCAGAGUCCCUAACAAAUAAAAUAAUAAAUAAAACAAACAUACCCGACUUGUAUCCUUAAAAGAUAUAUAUAAAGAAGCGAAAGGGAAGCAAAUCCAUUAAUAAACAAACUCUCCAACUUCAAGUCUUCCAUUCUAAACCAAUAUUCUCUUUGUUUCUUGCCUUUCUUUUUUCUUUUUUUCUUUUUCUUCUAACCAUGGAAAGACCAGAUAGAGGAUUGGUGAGGUACAGUAUUAGUAUUUGCUCAAACCUAACUUUGCUGACUGAGUUCUGAGCGAGAAGUGAUAAUAGUAGAAAAGGAGGGCAGUUUCUGUUGGGUAUGACUUUAGACUUUGAACGGAUGAGCUAAGUAGCACCCAUUUGGCUCUUUUCCUCUUCGAGUCCCCAAAAUAAUUUUAAUAAUAAUAAUAAAAGAAAGAUUAAAAAAAGAGAGAGGGGUUUUUGUUGAGUUGGCAUUGGUUUUUGGUUACUUAAAAUUAAAAAGGAGAGAAAGAGAAGAGUUUGUGUGCGUGAGGGAAGCUCUUUAAGUUAAGCUUGCAAAUUGUGCACUUUAUUCUCUUCUUCAAGUUCGAUAAUUUGCUCUCUGUACCCAGAACGAGGUUCUUUUUUUUUUUUUUUUUCUUAUAUAUUUAUGUGUCUCGCCUUCAGAGUUCUCUCUCUCUUCUCUUUUUAUUGUAUCCUACAUUGUCUUGUUUCACUCUCAGAAUCUCAUAGUCUUACUUUCACGCAUCACUUCUCUCUCUCUCUCUCGCCUUGUUUGUUUCUAUUCUUAAUUGCCUCUCUUUCAGUUUCUCAAUCUUUGCCUCAUUUCCUCUGUUUUCUCUGUACUGGACGCAGAACACCUCAACUGGGCAACUGGGUAUCUCUUGGAUUUCAUUUUCUUCUUUAUAAAAUGCCGAGGAACUGGGGCCUUCUUUGUUUCUCAAUUGUUUUCUCUUCAUUACCUGACGGAAUAAGCAUUCUCAUUUGUUCUCUCUCUUCUUCUUCUUCUUCUUCUUCUUCUUCUCUAUAGCUUUAAUCAUUGAGUUUUUUAAUUAUUAUAUUCUAUUUUCUUUUGUUUGGUUUUAGCAUAAAACAGGAGGUCAAGCUUAUUCUUCUCUGUUCCUAGGAAAAAGUCUGUUUCUUGGAUUCUUUCUAUUCUUCACCUUCCUUUCACAUUCUAUUCUGUGCAAGACCCAGAAGGAAUACCAUCUUAGUUAUAAAGUUUUAGGAAGCUAUAUGAAUUUGUGAAACAAUGAGACAUGGGGACUCGAAGAAAAGCAAGCUUUCAUGGCCCAAGAUACUGGUCAAGAAGUGGUUCAAUAUCAAGAGCAAAGCUGAGGAAUUUCAAGCAGAUGAUGUUGUUUAUGGAGGUGGUGAUGAAGAUUGGAGGAGCAACUUCUCAGAGAGAGAAGCAUGCACAAUCAAGAAAAGCAAAACAGAGAGACCCAAUAAGAGGAACUCUGAUCGAGUCCGGCGAAGUAGGAUCGAUUUUGAUGCUGCACAAGUUACUGAUGUUCACAAUUAUAGGAUCUUUGUAGCAACAUGGAAUGUGGCUGGAAAAUCUCCUCCAAGUUAUUUGAAUCUUGAAGAUUGGCUUCAUACCUCUCCUCCUGCUGACAUUUAUGUUCUUGGGUUUCAAGAAAUCGUACCUCUGAAUGCUGGCAAUGUCUUGGGCACAGAAGACAAUGGUCCAGCACGAAAAUGGCUUGCUCUGAUUAGGAAGACUCUAAAUAGUCUUCCUGGUACAAGUGGUGUCUGUCAUACUCCUUCCCCAAUUCCUGAUCCUAUUGUCGAACUGGAUGCAGACUUUGAGGGAUCAACGAGGCAGAAGGCCUCAUCCUUCUUCCAUCGCCGCUCCUUUCAAUCAUUGAGCCGCAGCAUGAGGAUGGAUAAUGACAUGACGAUGCUACAACCUAGACUGGAUCGGCGUUUCAGCGUUUGUGAUAGGGUUAUCUUUGGUCAUAGAGCGAGUGAUUAUGACCCUAAUUUCAAAUGGGGUUCCUCUGAUGAUGAAAAUGGACCUGGGGACUCACCUGGUACCACUCACUAUUCACCAAUUGACUACAGUGGGUCCUUCUCAAUGGAGGACAGAGACAGGCAAAUGGGGCAGUCAAGGUACUGUUUGGUUGCCAGUAAGCAAAUGGUGGGGAUAUUCCUAACAGUAUGGGUAAAGAGUGACCUUAGAGAUGAUGUUCGCAACAUGAAAGUGUCUUGUGUGGGCAGAGGAUUAAUGGGAUAUCUUGGAAACAAGGGUUCAAUUUCAAUUAGCAUGUCAUUGCACAAAACAAGCUUUUGCUUCAUCUGUAGUCAUUUAACAUCUGGGCAGAAGGAGGGAGAUGAGCUGCGGAGGAACUCCGAUGUAAUGGAGAUCCUUAGGAAGACAAGGUUCCCAAGAGUUCGUGGUAUGGGAGAUGAGAAGUCACCUCAAACAAUUCUGGAACACGAUCGAAUUAUAUGGCUAGGGGAUUUAAAUUAUAGGAUUGCCUUGUCUUACCGCAUGGCAAAGGCUCUUGUAGAGAUGCACAACUGGAGAGCAUUAUUAGAGAAUGACCAGCUUCGGAUAGAGCAGAGACGUGGCCGAGUUUUCGAGGGAUGGAAUGAAGGGAAGAUAUAUUUCCCUCCCACAUACAAGUACUCUAAUAAUUCUGAUCGAUAUGCAGGGGAUGACAGGCACCCAAAGGAGAAGCGAAGAACUCCUGCAUGGUGUGAUCGUAUAUUGUGGCAUGGAAGAGGCCUGAACCAGUUAUCUUACGUACGUGGAGAAUCAAGAUUCUCAGAUCAUAGACCAGUUUAUAGCGUAUUUGUGGCUGAGGUUGAGUCCGUAAACUGCAGCCGAAUCAAGAAAAGCAUGAGUUGUUCCAGUUCAAGAAUUGAGGUAGAAGAGCUGCUGCCACACGCACGAGGAUACACUGAGCUAAAUUUCUUUUGAGAGUUGGUAUUCUGAGUCAUGCAUAUUGCCAAUAUGCUCAAGCUAGUUGAAGAAGGAUUGUUUGCGCUACAGCCAAGGAAUCGAACUUGUACACUUCUCUAUAGAAUGCAAAUUACCCAAAAUUCUCAAGCCCUUAGUUUGAGUCCUAGGUGGGCACAGUUGCUACGACACUCUGCCUUGCUGGCGAUGGAGACACUCUGUUGCUUACAAUCCAGUAAAGAUUGCGUAUAUUUUGUCGCUACCCGCAGAUCCGGCGAGAUCCCAGCUUGAGUAUUUUUCACAUUAAAACGUGCUGAUUUGCAAAUAUAGCUGCUGCUCCUGGUUCAGGACGAACGUAGAAAUAAGGGCAACAGUUGCUGAGUUGCCAGAGCUGAUUAAAGGUCAAAAUCACUCACGAUUCAAUUUGUAAAGCAAAUGCAAAUAAAAAAGAAAAAAAAAAAUCAUAGAAAGCUCUUUUUUAUAUUCUCCAAAUUGAGGUAUUAAUCUACAAAAAAGAUUAGUAAAAGAAGUGAGCGAGGGAUAUGAUGGCUACUCAUCACAAAUUUAAAAGAAAAGAGGAGUUAAAAUCCUGAUAUAUAUAUAUAUAUAUAUAUAUAUAUAUAUGAAGCUUCUUUUUCUGUUUCUGCAAAUGAUUUUACUGAAAAGGAAAAGUAGCUUGCUUGAUCAUCUCUAUUGUCAUUUUUAUCUUCCUUCUCAGAACAAGCUGAAAUUAAACAGAACAUAAAAAGAAGGAAAAAAAGAAAGAAAGCAAGAACAAGCUUUUGCUUUCUUAUGCAGCCAUGUCAGGUGGUUCUCCAGGGUGUCCUGCUGUAUAGUAUUUUGAUUUUUGAUUUUUGAUGUCUCUGUCACCGCACCACUAGUUCUGUUGCCAAAGUUUCUUUUAUGGACAAUGGUGCCCCUAUCAGUUUUGUUUUGGUCGAAUUAAGCAUGAAAUGAGAGUCAAACCAGGAUUGUAGAAUUGGUGCUUGGCAGCUCAACUUGCAAGCCACCUGCUAUUUGUACAAUUACGUGUAACUUAUUUACCAACUUACCCUCUGAUUGUCAGAAGCAAGAUAUUUAUGAAA